GGAAAAGACGCAAAAGGAAAGACAUCAAAAAAAUUAAAAAAUAAAGAAUCCUUCCGUCAAGAAUUAACAGAAAAAUAAAAAAAAGAUAUUAAAGAAGCAUUUGAUUUAUUUGAUGUCGAUGGAUCUGGUACUAUCGAUAUAAAAGAAUUAAAUGUUGCUUUAAGAGCACUUGGAUUUGAACCUAAAAAAGAAGAAAUAAAAAAUUUAGUUCAAAACUUAAAUAGUGGAGAAUAAAAAGAUAAAGACAGUAAUACAAAUACUAUUGAUUAUACAGAAUUUUUAUAAAUAAUGACAGCAAAAAUGGUUAUAUAUUUAAAAAAUUACUAAAUAAUAUAAAAAAAAAUAAAGAAUGAAAAAGAGUCAUAAGAAGAAAUUGAAAGGGCAUUUAAUUUAUUUGAUAUGGAUAAAACAGGUUUAAUUUCGUUUGAAAGUUUAAAGAAAAUUGCGAUAGAAUUAGGAGAAACAAUGACUGAUGAUGAACUUAAAUUAAUGAUAUUAGAAGCUAAUAAAUCAAAUAAGUUAAACAUUUUAUUUUUAUAUUAAGUAAUUUUUAAAAUAAAAUUUAACAGAGAAGGAGUUGUUACUAAGGAAUAAUUUGAAGAAGUACUCACAAAGGCAACUAAUAUAUGA